AUGGCUGAUUAUUACGAAGCGUCAAGUAACGACAUCGAGCAGAUCAUCUUCCCGAUGUUUGAAUGUGGAACCGAGGAAGCCCAGUUCCACAUCAAGAAUUCCCCCGACAAUCCAUUUCAACGAUUUCACGUCAUACAAAGAAUCGGUCAUGGCGUUAGUAUACAAUGCAAUUUGGUCGAUGUUGUUCACGGCGCUAUAUCAGCAGAUAGCGAUUACUGGGCAACAAUCUUAGUCUUCCAGUUCAGAUUCGACCCUGAGAAGAAUGCACGUCGUAUCGCUGGAGCCAAUAUUAUCUUGAGCUUCGAUUCUGCAGAAGUCCAUGGAAGAAUUCCAGAAGUCGACUCUAUCUCUUUUGACGGAAGCUACAGCUUUUCACCCAGCAAUGCAUCCGUCACUACUACCAAAAGCGGAGAAGGGGGUAUUGGCGCCAGCUUUGGGGCCAAUGUUAACACGUCUCUUAAAUGGGAGAGGACUCUUGGUCAUGAGAAAAGCUAUGCUGCCAGUAUGAGUGGUAGAAAACUUGUGGAUGGCAAUGUUGGCCCAACACGAAUUGCUCAAUGGAGUUUACUGGAAAACGACAAUCAGAAGAAAGGUGUCCCUGCUUCAAUCCAACUUGCUGUUCGAGUAAAGAGGAUGGACGAAGCCGAGUUUUCAUGCCGUGUCACUCUGACUUGCAAAGCGGACAAAUGGACCGCUAUGAGAAACUUCUUUGGUGGAUCACCCAAAGACGACCCUAUUUUGCUAAAACCUACAAAGCCAUCUGACAAUAGGCUCAUGGAUUACGAUGUUGAAGAGCUGGGAGCGGUCGACUUGGAUCAACUGGGUGCAGUUGUUCCAACAAAAAUGUUACGAGACGCGCAACAUAUGCCUAUUUGA